CGAUCACCACCACCACCUCCACCGACAUCGUUCGCUUUGUUAGAACAUAGCCAUGGCGCCAGAGCCUAAGAAGCUUCACUCGGGCCCAGCUCGGCGAGCCACGCUGCUGGAGCGAUUGACAAGCCUCUUCCAGCCCAUCCUCAUGUAUACCGUCGUUUUCACCAACGGCUUCAUUCCUGCCCUCAUUUCGCAACUUCACAACCUCUUCAAUCCCUCCAAGCUGCCCCUCGUCUUUAGCCCCUCGGCGUGGCGCGAUGCGAUCCUCAAGGACGGGAUGCCCGUCAUCCUCCGGGAGGGCGACAAGCUCGCCAAGGACUACAAGCAGCACAUUGUUGGUCGGUAUGCGUCGGGAAAGGUGUUUGAGCUCGGCGCAGGCUCGGGAGAGACGCUGCAGUACUACGACGUCAACAAGAUCUCGAGCCUGUAUCUCAUCGAACCCUUCGAGGAGCUCCUGCCCUCGCUCUUUGCCUCGAUCAAGUCCCGCGGCCCGGGCUUUGAGAGCAAGACAAAGGUGGUGCCCGUCUACGUCGAGAACCGUGGCGCUCUGUCCGACAUGGGCGUCCAGCAGGGCACCUUUGACACCGUCGUCCUCGUCCAGGUGCUCUGCAGCAUCAGGGACCCAGGCGCUCAUCUCGCGUACCUCCAGUCGUUGUUGAAGCCCGGUGGACAGCUGCUCAUCUUCGAACACGUAGCCUCAAAGAACAGCCUUACGCUCCUUUUCCAGCGCUUGAUCAACCCCGUUUGGUCCUAUCUCGCCAGAGGCUGUCGCUUGGACCGGCACUCUGCCGAUGUCAUCCUCCAACUUGGUGGAUGGAGCCACUCGGAGAUCCUGCGCCCAGAGGAGGAGCACGACGGGGCCCUCUUCCCACGUGCGGCCGCCCGCUUCGUCAAAGCUUGACCUGGCUUGCUACUUCACACCAUGAAGAGAUUGAAUCAUGCUAUCAGGGAUGCGAUGGAUUGAAAGGUUCUACUCCCUUCUGCAUACAAUACAAAUUUUGCGUUUCAAAGGUCUUCC